UUUGAUCAUCAAUCUGUGCCUUUUGAAAGCAUUAAACCUUUUUCUUUUUCAUCCAUCCAUGUUCGGCCCGAUACUUUGGCAUGUCAACACCAAAAAAAGGGUUAUUAUUUUUUUUUUUCCUUCGCUUGUUCUUCCAUGCAAAACAUUUUCUUUCUUUUAUGCCUGUCAUAUCAUCCAUCCUCUUUAUUUUUUUUUAUUUUUUUACUUUAUUUUUUUCCGGUCUUACUGUCUCGCUCUCGCUCUCGUUCUUGCUCUCCCGCUCACUUUUUUGCUCAUCCCCAUCCCUCCUUUCUCUCUUAUACCAGGUUGGCACUCCUUUUGGGUCAAUGGGUUUUAGGAAAUUUAAAAAAUAAAAAAGGAGAAAGAACCCCUUUUCUUCGGUUGAGCUCAGCAUCAUCCCUUCUUAAUUUUAAUUAUCACUUCUGUAUACAAAUAUAUAU